AUGGCACAUGAUAUUGGAGCCGAUGGAAGAAUCCAUACGUCAGGUGAUGUUGGCAGGGGGUCUGGGCCAGGACCAUUCAUGCCUGCCUCUUCUGGGCACCCAGCCUUCUCGGCUCCUUCCUAUGUACAGUCCUUACCACCCAAGGCUAUCCAUCCCCCAGUGGAACAUGAGGCAAUGGAUUGUCCCAGACCUGCAGUAGUCUCCGACUGGAAUCAGCAGGUGUGGAUCCUUCAGGGUCAGACCCUCGUGGCAGUUCCUUGGAGCAACAGUGUGGUGCCAGUCACUGUCACCAUUAUUCCAUGCAAGUAUCCAGAGUUUCUUGAGAAAGACAAAGGGAUUCCUAUUUAUUUGGGAAUAAAGCAGCCAGAAAUGUGUCUAUAUUGUGAGGACAUUGGUGGAAAGCCCAAAUUGCAGUUGAAGGAACAGAACAUAAUGGAUCUGUACCACCAAACUGAGCCUGUGAAGCCUUUUCUCUUCUACCAUGACCAGAAAGGCAGGGCCUCCAGCUUUGAGUCUGUGGCCUUCCCUGGCUGGUUCAUCGGCUCCUGCUCCAAUGGAAGUUGUCCUGUGAUUAUCACCCAAGAACUGGGGAAAAUCUACACUACUGACUUUGGGUUCACAGUACUCCAGGCUUAA